GAGAAAGACUCGUGAAUUCUUUGCAUCAGCUUAAGAAGAUUUAACAACUUUUGAGUUCUGUCCAGAGGGCAAAGGUUCCAAAGAAUGAAGAUUUUGGUGCUGAUUGAUUUUCUCAUUGCAGCUAGCUUGAUGGAUGCCACUGACAGCUCUGAUCUGCAGAACUGCUUUCAAGAGCAUUUACAUCUUCAGGGCCAGGUGAGGCUUCUGGAACAUCGUGUGAAACAGCAGCAGUUAAAAAUUAUACAGCUGUUAGAGAAGAAAGAAAUUCAGUACAGUGACAGAGGAGAUGAAAACAAUGUCAUUGACUUGGGAGGAAAAAGACAGUAUUCAGAUUGUGCAGAAAUCUACAAUGAUGGCCACAAGCAAAGUGGAUUUUAUAAAAUGAAACCUAUCCAGAGCCCUACUGAAUUCCUUGCCUUCUGUGACAUGUCUGAAGGGGGUGGUUGGACUGUUUUUCAGAGACGUGCUGAUGGCAGCCAGAAUUUUGAUAGAGUCUGGGCUGACUAUGAAGAAGGCUUUGGAAAUUUUGUGUCAGCAAAUGGUGAAUAUUGGCUUGGAAAUAAAAAUCUUCAUUAUUUGACUAAUCAAGGGAACUAUACUUUGAGAAUUGAUUUAACUGAUUUCGAAGGAGAACGGCGUUUUGCACAAUACACAAGAUUCAGAGUUGCCAGUGAAGAGCAUGCAUAUGAGAUGAGUUGUGGUGAAUACUCUGGUACAGCUGGUGAUUCCCUUACUGGUGGAUUUCAUCCUGAAGUAAAAUGGUGGGCUGAUCAUCGAGGAAUGAAAUUCAGUACUAGAGACAGGGAUAAUGACAACUAUGAAGGGAAUUGUGCUGAAGAGGAAAAGGCUGGAUGGUGGUUUAACAGGUGUCACUCUGCCAACUUGAACGGUCUGUACUACAAAGGUCCCUAUGCCGCAGAAACAGACAACGGGAUCGUUUGGUACACUUGGCAUGGAUGGUGGUAUUCUCUGAAAUCCGUUGUCAUGAAGGUCAGACCAGCAGACUUUGACCACAAUAUUGUUUAAGUAUUUUAUUAAGACGAUUCAUCUAGUUAAUCUUUUAGCAAGUCAAUCCAAAUUAAAACAGAUGGGCAGACUUUUGCUCUCAGAUUUCUCAUCUAUGCAUAAAUCUGGAAUAAUUCCUCUGCAACCAGUAGCUUUAUGAGAUGUAAAUGAGAAGACAAUCUGGCCUAUGAAUCUGUAAAUACAAAUACCAGUGCUAAUAUGUUUACAGGAUUUUUAAAACAAAAGGCAGGUGUUCACCUAGGAAUAAGGACAUCAUCAAUCCUUUAAACAAACUAUGCCAAUCAAUAUUGUCAUUGCGUUGUCUCAAAAACGAAAAAUGAAUUGUAUCUACUACAACCCCCAAAAAAUAAUGACAAACAUAGGUCUGGUUUAGUCAGUGGAAGGAACAUACUUUCUUGGGAAUGUUAGAAGUAACUUACUUGAAAAUUCCUCUGUUUUGUUGCUGCGUACACAACAUGUACUUAAAAAAUAUAAAGAACAAGCAGGAAACCAAAGGAAGAGAAUGGAUAGUUCAGUCUAAUGUACAGAGGUAGGCUGUCUGUUGUUGCUGAAACAUUUCUAGGACUGGUCAUUUAAUUUCACAGAAUCACAGAAUACAUCUGAUUAGAAAAGACCUCAAAUAUCAUCCAGUCCAACCCUCCACCCAGCACUGGAGGGUUAAAUCUAAAGCAUGCCCCUAAGCACCAGGUUCACAUGGUGCUUGAACACCCCCACAGACUGUGAUUCCAGCACUGUCCUGGCCAGACCAUUCCAAAGUUUGAUAACACUUUCAGUGAAAAAGUAUUUCCUGUUACCCAGCCCGACCCUUCCCUCAUGCAACCUGAAACCAUUGUAGUCCUGUCACUUGUCAUCAACGAGAAGAGGCUGGCCAGCUCCUCACUACAGCCUCCUUUCAGGCAGUUGCAGAAAGUGAUGAGGUCUCUCCUCAGCCUCCUCUUCUCCAGACUGAACAACUCCCUCCAAUGCUCCACCCCUCAUUGCUUUUCUAUCAUUUUUAAAUGGGCAGUAAUUAUGCCUUUCUGAGUAACCAUUAUGCCUUACCAAUAAAUGAAACAUUUAUUAACAAAACAUGGACUCCAAUGUUUUGACAUUUAGAGUUUACCAAAAGGCUACAUAACAAAAGCUGCCUUGAACGUAGGUUAUCAUAGCGCAUGUGUAGAGGGAAGUAUAUUUCAUGUGCAGCUAAAAUCUGACAUUUUAGAGGUUCUUGAUGCUUUACUCGAUAAAUUUUUACUUUCCUUACUUAUUUCUCUGAAUUCAAAUGUCCUGUUCAGUCACUUCAAAGUGGUUCUGCUUCUAAGCUUAUUAUCUUCUUUUCCUGUGUCUUUUACUUGGCUCCCUGGGCUUUACCCAUUCUCAAGCUGCAGAUGUACAUUUUUCUUAAUGCAAGAGGAAUUGUAAGAGAGACUCUGCCUAUUCUUGGCUUUUAUGGCUGACACCACAUAUUCUUAAUAGCCAAAACAAUCUGAGAAAAGCAAUGUCAUCCAUUUUUGCUGAGCAGAUGCAAAUUAACAUUUUGAAAACACAUGGAUCUGAACCAAACUUGGGCAUAUUUAUCUUCUUGCUUUUCUGAAAUAAUUUUGCUUUUGUGGCUGGACUUCCAGUCUCCCUGUCUGUCUAAACACAGUUUUUACACCUAGCAGCCAGUUUCAGUAAAGCAUAACAACUGAAACUAUUCUAUCAGCCAAAUUAUAACUAUGUUAUUAUGAAUGCAGGUCAGGUGAAUGAAAACUCCAUGCAUGGCCAUUCUCACUCCCGUUUCCAUCCUCCAACACCAAAAGCUGUGCAAAAAAACUUGCAAGAAUUGCACAGAACUACUGGAUGUUAAAAAUAGAGGUUCAUAUGAAACAUUUUCACACUGUAAGAUAAAUCAGACUGCACCUAAAAAAUUAAAGGGGGAUUAAGCAGAGAAAAUAAAAAGGGGGGGUGGGGGGAUCUUCAGACAACUAGAAAGAACAUUAUACUGCCAAAAUGCUGCUGAUAAAAAUCUGCAGUUGAGAAUUUGAGGUCUGUGCUGUUUGUGGCAACAGUAGGUAUUCUAUAUAAUCCAGUCUUUUUCUUGGUGUGCCGACAGGGACUCGGCCAGAGAUUUCUAGCCUUUAUCACACCCUUGCAUGAGAGGACCAAUGGAUAGCUCUAGCACUGCUUAUUUGAAACCUUUUUUGAUCAGUUAAACCAAAUUAAAUUCUACAUCUGACAGUAAGGCAUACUAGCAUAUAUAUAUUUGAGUGUAUGAAUAUAUAUUUGCAUGUGUAUAUGUAUUUUUUUCAGCAUUCACCGUUUAAUUUGAACAUUUGAUAUGUAUUUUUGUGUCAUUUUAUUACAGAACUUACAACAGGUUUUUGUGUAACUCCGCAAGUAUGUCCAUAGGUAUGGGGCAUUAAUAAUAGGAUAGAACUUCCUGAGUAGUUUAUAAAAAUGUGUAAUAAAACCAGUAUUUCUCAUAAUGAUUUUCAAAGUCUUUUGCUGCUCUAAGAGGAGAAGGAUUUUUAAUUCUCUGCAAAAGCAUGGAUAACAUUGUGUAGAAAUUGUAAAAAGACAGUUUUCACAGGAAAACAGAAAGAUUGGAAAGAUUAGCUCGUGUAUUUGGAGAGUAUCAAACCAGAUCAUAUUCCAGAUAAUUUAAAUACAAGACAUGGAGGAUUUAAGUAGAGCAAAGCUGGAUCUCUAGCACACAAAACACUCUUAACACGUACAGACUGUGCUCAUAAAAUCUACAGCAAUGUUUUUCAUUUGCUGGCAGUAUAAAUCCAUGCUUCUGGACUUAGGAAAUUAAAUCUUUCAGCUGGAUUAGGAUGCUUUUGUCAUAUUGUGAUGUAAAAUUUUACUCACUUUCUCUACUGGAAAUCAUAAAAUGAAGGCAAAUCAAACCUGUCUUUGAGCAUCUUUCAAAGUACUCACAUGUUUGUUUGGACUGUUUGCCCUUCAGAACAAGGACUUUCACAUCCUAGCUGUUUGAAAAGCAUCUAACCUACUGGUAGUAAUAUAUGUAAUGUAAUAAAUCUUUCUGGACACAAGAAAAAUGUCAGAAGUGUUGUAGUUCAAAAUGGUCAUAAAAUUGUUCUGAGACAAACCCUUUAUUUUCAAAGUACAAAUUUAAAUAGCCUCUGGAAAAGAGAGUACAGCUUGGAAGAGGAUUCUUUUUCCUGCCUGGCCUGUUCUUACUAAUUUAUUUCCUCAACAGGUAUGAGCACAUUCUAAAAUAGUCCUUAUUCUUAGAUAGCAAAACAAAAUCCAGUUUAUUUGUUCAGACAUUAGACAGAAAAACAUAAUGAAGCUUAAAAUUAAUGCAUGCUACAUAGAAUAAGAAUCAAGAAUAUAACAAAAGAAAUGUUUUGUUAGUCAUGACUUGAUAAGAGCAUAAUGAUCCCUACCAGCAUUGUGCAAUAAAAAAUGCCUGGGUUCGUAGUAUUUGUUGAAGGGAAACACUUUCAUAUUUUGUUGUCUGUUUUUGUUUUCUUCUAUUUGCUAAACACUUCAGAGAUUAAAAGAGUGGAAACCACA